AUGGACGUCGCCAUGUCGCCGCGACCUCGGCCCCCAACCUCAUCGACUUUUGACUAUCAUAACCACCAUCAAUAUCGCGAUGAUUACUUCUCUUCUCGCUCCCAGACUGCUCAGUUCGCACAACCUCUCAGAAGUCCGUACGGUGGCUCGACGCCACGGCCAAUGUCCUCUGAAAACACUCUGCGGAGGAAAACACCAAAUGGAACCCUUAACGGUGCAUAUGAAAGUAACAACCAUGGAACACAACCCACCAAGCACAUGCUGCUCCACCGACAAGAUAGUAUGCGCCCUUACUGCCAGGCACCCCAGAUGGCUCACAUGGACUCUCUAGUCAACCAGCAAGCGGUCCCACUGCCUCGAUAUUUGAAUCCAAUGCCGCAUCCUUUUUAUGGUCAAUCUGUCCCGAGUGUCAUGCAGCCUUCUUUUCAGUACCUUGGUCCUACCGCGUCCGGCAUUGAUGGUCAUGGUCUUUAUGGCCCUUACUGGAACGAUGGCACGUAUGUUCCGUAUCGUCCUGCCGCAGUCAGAGACCCUCGCUUCUACUCACAGCACAACGGCCACUACUCAAUAUACGGGUUCGUGAAUCCAUGGAAUGCUCCUGGGCCUGGACUGUCUUACCCGUCCUCGGCUCACACAUGGUCUGCAUAUGACAGCGGUGUGCCUGUGGUGUACCCUUCGUUUGCAGGUGUCCACAGUAUUCCACAUACGCCUGAUUUUGUCUCUGGUUUCGGCCCCUCGCCUGCAAACGCGCAACAGCGUGAACAAGCAUUCAAUUGUGCACUCCAGACUUACCGCGAGCUUCUUGUGUAUAUUCAGCAAGUACGAAAGACGGGCCGGCAGUAUAAAUCACCGUACCAAGUGACGUCUCCCGGUCCCAGGUUUUAUCCAAAACCUCCAAAAUUUUCUGGCGCUCUUUCGUCAACAAAUGCUACUGGCUCGAUGGGCUCUCAUUCUGCUCAAAGCAACAUUCCAUCAACAUUUUAUGGCAGUGCUUACCCAUACGGACAGACUUCACAUUCCAUGUCUUCCUCUACGCCACUACAUUCUCCUGGUGCUAUCCUUCCACCCAUGCAUGACACAUCACCACCAGCACGAGCGGCGAAUGCUCUAGCUUUGAUUACGAGAUUCUGUAAUGAGACAUCGUGGCAAUGGAUUGAUGGCAUACACCUUUCUGGAUGUAUCGCAUACGGACUCGAUCGUUACCAAAAGGCUGAGGAAUUCUACCUAAAAGUCCUGGCUCUUGAGCCAAGGCACAUCGAAGCCAUGUCAAACCUCGCUGCAACGUUAGUAGCCCUUGGAAGGAAGAAAGAGGCCGAAGAGUACUGGAUGAAGGUCGUGAAAUUCGCACCCAAUUAUUUCGAAGCAGUUGAGCAUCUAGUAGGCCUGCUUUGCAGCACUUCGCGUGGAAAAGAGGCCAUCAAAGUCAUCGAAUUCAUCGAACGCUCUCUACGGAUUCCGAAAGCUCACGAGUCACACAAGACUUCGGACCAUCAAAGUGAGAUGUCAUCUAAUGCAAGUCGUUCACCAUGUACUUCUGAGGUUUCCGACCCAGCAGUUUACGACUUUGAACUGGAUGGUGACUUCUCGCGCGAGCCUUCGAGUCCUAGGGAGCCUGGGUUUGGUUCAAGUGGCUAUGCUAUUCCAGGUGCUGAUAAUGGUCGUAUGCUUGCACUGGUGCACGCGAAAGGUAACAUGCUCUAUACUUUGAGCGACAACAAUGGUGCAGCCAAAGCUUUCGAAGACGCUGUCCUUAUCGCCACUGGCCGCGUGUUCUCAGGCAUCCCACAGCUUGUGAAACACAUUCUAUCUGUCAUCUCCACGGCGAGCCUUNNUUCGAACAUUGGGCCUGCCGACCCUGUGCUUCUCUACCCUGAACAAGCUGCUAAUACGGCUCGUCUAUGCUUCUCGCCGCAUGGAGAAUUGGCAGGCUUGCGCAAUGUGCCCGCUUCGCCUUCUAGCCCUGCUAGNAGCGCUGCUGUAGCAAUAGCGAGCAAUUCUCUCCUAUCGCUUGCUAAGAUAUUCCAAGACGGCAUGGGCAGAAACAUCCAAGGUGCUGGCGGUAAACCCAUGGUAUCUGGUGUGCGGGAGAUCCUUGCAUUGUACUAUCUUUCCCUGUCAUUGCAGCCCAGUCCCUCAACUGCCAAUAACGUUGGCAUUCUUCUGGCUAGCGUCCAGCAGUCCGUUCAACCAGCGGUAGCCUUCCACAGCCCUCAUGCCUUCAAGCAGGAUAUACCUGGUGUGCAUCCUGGAAGCGGCGUUGCGCUUGCUUUAGCGUACUACAAUCAUGGUCUAAUGCUUGAUUCAAGGCACGCUCAUCUCUAUACAAAUCUCGGAAGUCUUCUUAAAGACAUUGGCCAGCUUGACGCUGCUGUCGAAAUGUACAGGAGAGCCAUUCAAUGCGACGGCAAAUUUGAUAUAGCAUUAGCGAACCUCGCGAAUGCUGUCAAAGACAAGGGGAAGAUUGCGGAAGCUAUUGGGUAUUAUAAACGAGCCGUCGACGCCAACCCUGAUUUCGCUGAAGCUGUAUGUGGCCUUGCCAAUGCACUCAAUUCCGUCUGUUCGUGGCAGGCAAGAGGAGGUAUUGCUGCCGAUGAUGGAAAGAGAGAUCGAUGGCAUGUGGAUAAAAAUGGCAUGCUUUUGAGCUCAUCGCUGUCAAAUCCCUCUCACUCGGGCUGGAUCAAUCGCGUUGUUGAGAUCGUUGAGAAACAGCUGACAGAAGGUGAAAGCUGGGGCCGUGGUAUACUGACGCCAGAUCUCAUUGACUCUUUAGUCCAGCAAACCACCACUUUUGAUGGUGAUGCGCAGGGGCUUGUAAGAGACGGACAAGGUCUACGCCAGAUCAUAGCGAGCUGGUGUGGCCAGAAGUGGGAAGGCGCACGUCUCAUCAGACUUGUUGAGCGUCUGACGAGGCGUAUUGGCUGGCACUGGUACCAAGACAGGUACAUACGGAAGACUGAGAAGUCUCCUUAUCGCAGGCCCCAGCUUCCUGUCAACCUCAACGUGCCGAAUGCACCUACGGUGUUGCCUUUCCACACCUUCACCUGUCCGGUCUCAGCUAAGCAGGUUCGCCUGAUUUCGGAACGAAACGGAUACCGCAUAUCGGCUCUGACGCUUCGCAUGCCUUGGUUGCCUGCUGAUGUCUAUCCUCCCCCAGCGCCACCUUCUCCACAACUAAAGGUCGGCUACAUAUCAUCAGAUUUCAACAACCACCCACUGGCUCAUCUAAUGCAAUCUGUCUUUGGCUUGCAUGAUCAGCGACGAGUCGAAGCGUUUUGUUAUGCUACGACGGUCUCGGACAGUUCACCAUAUCGUCGCAAGAUCGAGGAGGAAUCUCCCAACUUCUACGAUGUUAGCAGUUGGACCACAGAUCGCCUCGUCAAUCAGAUCGUAUCAGAUGGCAUCCACAUUCUCGUAAACCUCAAUGGAUACACCAGAGGUGCUCGCAAUGAAGUCUUUGCCGCGCGCCCUGCUCCGAUACAAAUGUCGUUCAUGGGAUUUGCGGGCACUCUUGGGGCUGAGUGGUGCGACUAUCUUCUUGCUGAUGAUACUGCUGUGCCACCGUCUACACUCCGUCCGUGGCGGCGAAAUCUUGAUGUCGAAGACCGCUUGAUUCGUGAAGCAGGAAGCGAAGAAGGAGAUUGGGUAUAUGCUGAAAAUCUUGUGUACUGCCGAGACACUUUCUUUUGCUGCGAUCAUCGGCAGAGUGCGCCGGACUCUGAAGAACGGAGAUUGACCUGGGAAGAAGAGCAAUCGCGACGCUGGACGAUGAGAAAGGAGAUCUUCCCUUCACUUGCCGAUGACAUGGUUAUUUUCGGCAACUUCAACCAACUCUACAAGAUCGAACCGACCACCUUCCGUACCUGGCUUCGGAUACUUUCUCAGGUCCCCAAUAGCAUUCUCUGGUUGCUGCGAUUUCCUGACGUGGGUGAGAUGCAUCUCAAACGUACUGCUGAGGCAUGGGCGGGCCCUGCUGUGGCGGCUCGGAUCAUUUUUACAGACGUUGCACCCAAACAUUUGCACAUUAGCCGCGCUAGAGUUUGCGAUUUGUUUCUGGACACUCCAGAGUGCAAUGCGCAUACUACAGCUGCCGAUUGUUUGUGGAGCGGCACGCCUCUGCUUACACUACCGCGCUACGAGUACAAAAUGUGCAGUCGCAUGGCAGCCUCAAUUCUCAAAGGAGCACUGCCCAAAACACCUGUUGAUGUUCGCGAUGCCGCUGAGAAAGAUUUGAUCGCAUCUUCAGAUGCCGAGUACGAAGAAAUGGCCGUUAGGCUCGGCAAAGGACUUGCAUAUCCAAAAUCGGGACCUGAUGUCGGCAAAGGCACAGGGAAACUAGUUGAGCUUCGCAAAGUUCUGACAGACUCGAGAUGGACAUCGGCUCUGUUUGAUACAGCACGAUGGACACGAGAUCUCGAAGACGCAUACGAUGAAGCAUGGAGACGCUGGGUCAACGGCGAAGGAGGCGAUAUCUGGUUGAAAGAUGUCCCUCGUGGAGGUCAUCGCGUGUAA